CUAUUGGUCUCGCUCAGUAGCAGACUCUACUGGGGGAGGUUCAGCCUGUGCUGUGGUGGAUACAGAGCUGAGACUCUAUAUAGAAGGACAGCAGCUCACAUACUGGAGUGGCUUCUUGACUAUUUGGAGAGCUCGCAUUUCAUGAGAAAGCCCUCAUCCUUGAAAUGGAGGAAGUAAAACCCACCAGUAGCAGAUGAGAUAAAAUCAAUGGAUUAUGCAAAUGAAGCCAAGCUGGGCACCUUCUAUACAUCUCAUUCAAAGACAGUAUGACGAGUAAACUAGAGGACACGAAGGAGCAGAUGAUACCAUGAAGAGAAGGUCACAGGCCCUCUGUUGCCAUCUGUUUAGUAUUCUACUCGUUUUGGCACAGGCAGAAAGAAAAGUACUUGCAGUUAAGGAACAGUCUCCAACUUCCCCAUCUUUUGACUUACUGACGGAAACAAAUCCAAAUGCAGCGAUGGUAAUGCCAAGUGUCAACUCUGGACUUGUCAGGAAGUCUGCCAGGCCUGGAACAAGGCUGUCUGUAAAACUUGCAGACUUAGUGCCUACUCCUCACAGUAAAGGUGUUGAUUACAGCGACAGGCUUAUGGCAACACCAUUUGUCAAUAUUCAGGGUGUUACAAAUUCAGGAAAUGCACACAAAAAAAGGAAAACAAUUAAAAUUGUGACAGAUGAAUUGACUGGGUCUACUGAAAAUUACCUCAGACCAGAGCUUCAUUCAAGCUCUCCAAUGAGGACUACAACCACCACUGACCAUACUAGCACUAUUCUUACUUUCCCUAAAGACACUAUUCAUCCUGUUGGCACUUUGCAAAGCCUUUCCCAAGAGGAACCAAUCGAGGGUUCACCAACCCUUUACAGUGUUAUGUCAAAGAACACUGAAUCAGUGUCAGUGCCUUUUAAGCCCCAUCAUUAUAAACUAUGGGAUGUGUUAAACAGAAAUGGCUCUUUGUUCUCUGUAAGACAAGUGAACGGAACUUCCCUCACUACUAUAAGAAUGACUACAUCUUCCACAUUUCCACAGACCUCCUCACUUUCCAAGACCACUACACUGGUACAAGGACCCACAAGGAGUACUGAUCUGAAACAGCAUACUGUACCAGACAGUGCUACCACGGUACAAUUGAUUCUGUCUAUGGAUGCAACUACAAGGAGUUCCAUCACCAUGUCUACAGCUGGGUCCACAGCAACUGGAAAUUUUCUAAAUAGGCUGGUGCCUGCAGGAACCUGGAGACCUGGUGUCCCUGGCAAUAUUUCUCAUGUAACAGAGGAUGGCAGUCAGCCCCAACACAGAGAGACCAUUUGUCUUAGCAAAGUGGAUAUUGCUUGGAUAUUCCUAGCUAUCAGCGUACCAAUAUCAUCAUGUUCCGUCUUAUUGACUGUGUGCUGCAUGAGACGUAAGAAGAAGGCUUCUAAUCCUGAGAAUAAUUUAAGUUACUGGAAUAAUGCAAUCACAAUGGACUAUUUCAACAAGCAUGCUGUGGAGUUACCGCGAGAGAUCCAGUCUCUGGAGACAUCUGAGGAUCAUCUCUCACAGCCACGCUCUCCAGCCAAUGGUGAUUACCGAAACAGCGGAAUGGUUCUUGUCAACCCAUUUUGUCAGGAAACUCUUUUUUCAGGACAAGUUUCUGAAAUAUGAUUAUGUCUGGACAAAGAUGUGCUCAAUACUGUGUUAACCAUCCAGAACAUAAACAGCCUUGAAUACAAAGGACGACUUGUAACCAAACAUUAGGACAGUGAAAACUCUUUCUUCAUCUACUGUAGAAACAGGUGGUUUAAAACUUAGUUGGAUUUAGUUGAACUUACAGCCAUCCCUCCAAAGUCCCCCUAAAGGCAGAUCAUACACCUAUAUAAUAUAAAUAUGCUUUGUGUACCCCCUUUUCCUCCAAUAACUACGUUUUCAUCUUGUUUUCCUAAGAAAUGUCAUCUUUUUACAAUUGUGGUAAGACUUUACAGAAUAAUCUGUGGCUUUAUAAAUAAAGUUAUUUAUA